UGAGACUUCUGAUCCUCUCUUCGUUGUCAAAAUUAUCAAAUCAAUUUGUCACUGUUAUUUCACAGAUCAAUUUUCUAAUUUUAUUUUGUCUGUUGCUUGUGAUUGUAUGCACUUUGAUUCUGCCGAAAAUAAAUCUUUAUAUCUUGAAAUUUUGAAUUUAUCUUGUCCUUUAUUUAUACAUUUCGAAAAACACAAAAUAUUUUUGUUGUACAAAUCCUAAAACUUUCAAGCGUUAAGGGUAUCCACUGACCAAGAUGAGUGCAGAGGGAUUAUUAACUAGUAAUGAAAUACGGGAUAAUUUGAUGUAUUAUCACCAACUACAGGUAAACACCGCAGUCAAAUUCCUCACGAACCCCAACGUGCAGCGGUGCACCAUGGAGAGCAAGGAAAGGUUCCUACGCAACAAGGGUCUGAACGACGCGGAAAUACAGAAAGCCAUAGAGAAGGUCGGCGAGAUGAUAGACUUUGCACCUGUUUCGUCGGAGUUCUUGUUCUAUCGCCACUCUAGAACGUCCUGGUUCAGAGACAACGUGUUGCCUCUGUUAAUCUAUGGAGGUUUCGCUUAUGGAUGCUAUUGGUUUUAUAAGAACUGCAUCCGACACCUACUAUUCGUUGAGGAGCCCAAAAGGAAAACAACAGCGGAAUGCCUGGACGAGCUCAGGAAGUCAUUGGACGUCCUCAACUCGAAUGUGACGUCGCUACGUGGUGAGAUACAGACGUCUGUGCAACAGAACUCGCUGCGAUCUCAACUAGACAAUAUCAAGUCUGAUAUAUCCUCUGUUAAAGGAAUACUUUUAAAUAGGAAUCAAUUCUCUACACUUAAGGCCCGAACGGACCCACCGUCUAUCCCGGAUUGGCAGCGACAGUCCGCGGAGGCGACAUCCACAGAGGUCGCUGUCGAGGAGAAGAAGAAACCACACAGGAGUCGAAGCCACCGAUCCGAGUCCGGAGGCUCCAACUCCAGUGAGGGGGAGCAAGCCACCAAAAACAGUGACAGCAGUCUGGAGAUUAUUACAUGAAGCUCAAGUAUCGUGUUAAAGUGCUAUAAACCAACACCAUGCAAUGACGAUUACCAACUCAGUACACGCGAGGACACAGUCACAUGGUGUGGUGUGACAUUUUUAAGUUGUUAUGAACAUUGUGUAUCCAAUAGUCUCAUUUAGUUGAUAAUUUUAUUGCCAAUAGAUUGUCGUUGGUUUUCAACUUUUUCGGGACAUGACCUGAUGCGAUUUCAGAUAAAUAUAUAUCAGAUUUUUUUAUUUUAAAUUUAUUAAUACACAUUAUUGUGUUAAGUUGAAUUUUAAAAUGUUGCAAUAAACAAAUUAUUAAGUAGUUCAAAUAUAUAUGGUACAAAGGGCAGAAAGAUAAAGAGGUCGAGGACGUAAAUUAAUGAGGACAGACAGAAAGGACGAAUUUCUCAAUUAUAGUAUUUUUUUUUUAAUUUACAUUCCGCUAUGUAAAAUUGUAUGUAAAUUAUGUUUAAAUAACAGGGUUUACUCUCAUGUCGAUCCAAUAUUAAUUUAGCCGAGAUUAAACUGUUUUGUUUAAAAAAUUCUUAAUACGGUCAACAAUUCUACGUAAAACAUGCCUCAUUACGUUACGGUAAGACAUGAUCGGUGACAUUUUGUGCCAUGAAUGUGUAUCAAUCAUAGAUAUAUUUACCCAAAAUCGCGUCAAGUUAACUCUCGUAAAUUUAAUUGUGUAACACCGCGAAAAUUUAGUCCACAAUCGUUCUCUUGAUAUGUUCCUUUUGCGUCUCAUUUUUUUUUUUUUUUGUAAAAUAAUUAAGUACUUUAGAAGGGCUAACACAGGGGUGCCAUGGGUGGUACAUUAAUGUUCUGUAUGUCUAUGGGCUAGCCGCGGUUAUCGUAUUUAAUCAUGUGGACUGUCAACUGUUUACCGUUCAUAAUAAUAUAAAAAAUAAACUCACGUCCUAACCCCUUAGGGAAGGGGAAUUGUCCAAAUUUAUUUAGUGUGAAUUUCUUCAAAGUUUUGACUUGAAACUGUAAACAAGUCUAUAUAAAAUAUAAGAAUGCAUUUUUUUUAUAUAUGUUGGCUGCAUUUAAACAAGUACAUAUAUUCUUAGCGAUGUCCAAAUUCGCUUGCUAUGUGAUUUUGUAUGUAAAAUCAAUAUAAAAAAACUCAUGUUUAGAUUUUUACUAAUAAAGGAUGAUGAUUUAAUGAUAAAACAAUGGAUUGAAAAACUGUUAUAAUUCUAGUAGUUAUUCGAAAUUGACUAAAACAGUAUAAAAUAAAGGUACGCGUAAGGUGCAGUUGGUGGCGUGACACGAAAUGGCGAACAGAGCCGACCUAAACCGAAACCGCCCGACAGCUCUCAAUGUUGCCAUUCGAUGAAGCUCUAAUAACUGAUAUUUGCAAUAAUUUGUAAUUACAUGUAAACUUGGCUCUUAUUUGGCUAGACAGAAAUAUUGGAAUCACCAAAUGCUUAAAUACAAACGAACCUCUUUCACCAUCGCCUCCUUUACAAGUUCGCUGGUUACAAAUUGUUCUGGAAAGAAUUAUUAUUAUUAUAUUAUAAUUGAGCUGGUUAAAAAAACAAUUUAAGGGCAUAUAUGUCCAGCAAAUUUUCACUGAAAGCAUAGACAAAACAGGCCAGUUUGUAGUCAUUAAUUAAACUUGUCAAGUUUUUAAAAGUUCGUGAAAAAUAUCUGUUAAGUCAAGGUGUCUCCGUCUAGUACAGCCCCUAAAGGUAUCUUCAUUUAUUCGCGCUCAAAAUUCAUAUCUUUAUAUUUGCAUAAUUACUUUAUCUAUAUUUUAAAGAAAUAAAUCUUAAUUGUGAAUAUAUUACAACCCCGGAUUUUGCUUUCUUUAGCGUAUUCCCGGUAUGUAAUUAACAUGGAUAAUGGCUCGUCCUUGACAGGGUUACGACUGACCUCAAAAGUCCCUGACCCGGGCUCUCUGAAAUAUCCUAUGUUUACAUUAAAUAUUUAACUCCUUAUCAGCAGUAUUGAUAACAUACUUAUGAAUGUACACCUUGUGCCCUCUGUUGGCGAUAACUUUAUAUACUAGUCCCUCUUAAAACUUGACCUAUUCUUCGUAGACUAUGUACCGUAAUCUACAACCCUCGUAGACGAAUGGUGAACGAGUCUGACGGCAAAGAAUAAAACUAUCAACGUUACUCGUCUCUUUCUAUCUUAUAGAUGCAGUGACGAAAACGUAUCUAUCGAUUGAUAUAUUUGCUACUUGUAUAGCGAGUCUAACCUGACUAUUUUUUUUUUACCCUACUGUCCAUUUCAACAAGCAGUUUCAGGUGGAAAUUAAUGGUGUUUCAAAAUUAAUGGAAAUGUUAAGUUGACAGUUCACCGUUGACUAAUGAAGUGGUCGCCUAUAGACAUAUUUAGUAGUGUAUUAUGCAUUCUAUUAAUUAAAAAAAUGAAAAAUAUAUUAGAAAAAGAAAUUAAAACAAUCUAAUAAAUUUAAAAUACCGGGCAAUUUGUUUUGGUGUCAUUUAGUAUAUUAGUAUUAUUACGUGUAAUGUUGGGGUAAUUAUUCCAAAAUUUUUAAUAUGUUAUCAAAUUAUACCAAAUAUAUAAGCGAAUUGUAAAUGACAUAAAUAUAAAUAUUUAUAUAUGUAUGUAUGUGUGUGUGGUAAAAUUUCAUUUUUGUCAUUUUAUCCUAACCAUAUAGAUACCUAGUUGUAUGGAAACUAGUCAGAAAUGAAAGAUUUGUUAUUUAUUUGCCAAUUUGGGAAAUGCUACUCGGCUUAACAGUGGCAUGGCAUGCCUACGCCUACCUUUUAAUAAUGAUUCCUAUUUUAAAUCCAUCUGGGUAACGGAAACGUUGGCUGUUUAAAAAAAAAGUAACUACCUGUUUCUCACUAGAAUGUUUUAUACAAAAAAAAAAAAAACUUUUUUUUAUUAUUUAUGUUAUAUUUAUUGUAUAUUAUUAAUGGAAUUGUGCAGACGAACGACUUUUCUUGGAAGUCAUUGCUGUGAACGUCUCAGGUUUACAAUUGGUUUAUGCAUUUAACUGACGGAAAAGUAUACCAAGAAUGUUUACUCGUCUGCGCAGACCUGAAAUACUUAAUGAAAUGAAAUUAAUCAAAAAUGGUCUCUGUACAUAUAUGAAUAUGACAUUAAAUAUGUUAUCACAAACAUAUCUAAUUUGAAACUCAAUAUCUACUCAGAUGGUAACGGGAAUAAUUAAAUAGCUUUAUAUAGUUACGAUUUGCAUGUUUGCAUUCUCUUCUGUAAUGUAUUAUAAGGAUCAGCGUAAACAGACGGAGUGACUGAAGAGAUUAAUUCGUUAUUUUUUGAAUAUUGAUUUCAACUAUUUUGGUGGCGCUAGAAUCGCAGAUGUGGCGAAAUGUCCGUACAUCGCCGAUUUUGCUUUGGGAUCGAUUUACUUGCCUUCUUCCUUAUCCCCCAGUUUGUGCUGAUCCUUGUACAAUGUAUUAAAAGACAUUUAACAAAACAAACUUAAUUGAAUACAAAAUAACCUAUUUUUAUGUUACAGUCAGAUAUAUUCUUAUAUGUAUUAUAUAAUUCAAUAAAAAAUUGUAAUUGUAAUUUAUUAGAUGUAAAAUAAAAUAAAAAUAAAUAAAUUUAUCUAUUACGCA